AUGUCUAGCCGACAUUCACGUAAUCUCAGUGCAUCACUUUAUGUUCGUGGUCUUGCAGAAAGAGUUCGUUAUGACGAUUUGAAGAAAAUCUUUGGACGAUAUGGACGUAUUGUUGAUAUAACACUUCCAUUGGAUUAUUAUACACGUGAUGCUAAAGGAUUUGGUUUUGUUGAAUAUGAAGAAAGUCGUGAUGCUGAGGAAGCUCUUCAUGCUCUAGAUCGUUAUCGAUUAUUUGGUCGAGAACUUGAAGUUGAAUUUGCACGAGGUGAUCGUAAAACACCAUCGGAAAUGAGAGCUCGUGAAAAAGAAGCACGUUAUGGUGGACGAGGUGGUGAUUUUAGUCGACGUGAUCGAUCACGAAGUCGUGAUCGUCGUCAACGAAGUGUUUCACCAGUAAGUCGAGAUCGACGUCGAGGUGGUAGUCGUUCACAUUCAAAAUCGAAUUCACCAAGUUAUGCUAAACGAAAUGGUGGUGGAGGUGGUGCUGGUAAUACCAGUGGCGGCCGUCGUGGAAGUCGAUCACGAUCACCAGGAGAUAAUUAA